AUUCUGCCUUUGGCCCUGAGGAGCAAACCGCUUCCUGAAAGCUUUUAGUUUGCUUGAUCCAAAGAAGGGAAGAAGCAUCUUUACAGCUUUCAGCUCUUAUUACAGUGCUCAGGGCAAUGAACAGCAAACCGAGCACCAAGGCUCUAUGAUCGUCUCCUGUCUGCUUAAGAGAAUGGGGAAGAUUCCUAUUCAGAUGGAGGCACUGCAGACAAGAAUCGUCUUCAACUGUUUCAAAUCAAUGUCUAUCAAACUUCUUGAUCAAUCGAGUGCAUUAUCAAAGUCUGAAGAUGAGGUUGAUUGCCAGAGCUAUGCUUAUCAAAUCCUGCUGCCUCUAUACAAAGUUUGUGAAGGACAAGCUGGGAAAGUAAUUUCAGAUGAUGUGAAGCAAUUAGCACAGGAAGUUUGUGAAAGCAUACGAGAUGUGUUGGGAAUGCAGAGUUUUGUUCAAGUUUACAGCCAAAUAAGGAAAAACCUGAAAGCAAAGAGAGAUAGAAGGAAACAGGAAGAAAAGCUCAUGGCUGUUAUAAAUCCAAUGCGAAAUGCUAAGAGGAAGUUGAGAAUUGCAGCUAAGCAUCAAGCUAAUAAGAAGAGGAAAAUAAUGUCAAUGAAGAUGACGAGAUGGAUGCAAUAGACUAUAUCAGACUAGACUAGUCUAGUCUAGUCGCCAUUUUUGUUGUAUAUAUAUAGGUUUAGGAUCAGGUGCACAUGUCACUUCCCGAGCGAAAAUGCGGUAUGUGCACUUGAAGGCU